AGGUAGUGAGUGAGUGCAGCACUGUGAGCGUGGCAGGCAGCUGCACUCCUUCUUUCUCUCCCUGCCGGGGAUGCUCUGAGGGCUGUGCCGCAGCCUCAGGGAGGGGCAUCUUCUAGGCUGAUGGUCCUGGGUUUCAGGGACUACCUGUGACAGCAGCACGAGGCAUGCUGGGAAAACCCAAACACCUGGGCGUCCAAAAUGGCCGUAUGGGCCUGGCUGCAUCAGAUGGGGAGUUAAACAGCUCAGGAGUCCGGGGCAGUAAUGACAGUGUGGUCAGUCUGCCAAAUACCCAGAGUGUUUCUCACUCCUUGGGGCAAUCUGUAGCCCGCUGGGCUGAGUCCUUUGAGACGCUGCUGCAGGACCGACUUGGUGUUGCCUAUUUCACUGAGUUCCUGAAGAAGGAGUUUAGUGCUGAGAAUGUAUAUUUCUGGCAAGCCUGUGAACGAUUCCAGCAGAUCCCAGCUAGCAGUACCCAACAGCUGGCUCAGGAGGCUAGGAAAAUUUAUGAUGAGUUCUUGUCAAGUCAUUCAGUGAACCCAGUCAACAUUGACAGACAAGCUUGGAUUGGUGAGGAGAUGUUGACUACUCCCACCCCAGACAUGUUUAAUGUCCAGCAACUGCAGAUUUUCAACCUGAUGAAAUUUGACAGCUAUGCACGCUUUGUCAAGUCUCCACUAUAUCUGGCAUGUGCAAGUGCUGAAAGCCACGGGCACCCCUUGCCAGAACUGAGACCCCUGUCUUGCGCUGGCAGUCCUCCAGCCGAACAUGGCAAGAAAACAAAACUAAAGUCAGGGAAAUCACUGCCACUAGGUGUGGAGACAGUGAACAAUGGGCCCAGCAGGAGUCCACGGAGAUCCUUCCGGAAAGGAGACCGACGGGAACGUCUCUUGGGAGAGGAGAAAAAUGGAAGUGAGGGGCCAUCACAGUGGCGUGAGUCUCAAGGCUCUCUGAAUUCCUCAGCUAGCUUAGACCUGGGUUUCCUGUCAUCUUAUGCAACCAGCAGUUCCCAUUCAGAGAACCACCGGAGGAGCUUGACAGAAUCUGACAAUCAAAACCAGACCAUCAAAUACUGUUGUAUUUAUUUGCCUGACGGGACUGCUUCUUUGGCCCCAGUGCGGCCUGGUCUCUCCAUCCAGGACAUGCUGACUGGAAUUUGCCAACGCCGUGGCCUCCAUCUGCCAGAUGUCAAGAUUUACCUCAUGGGGAAUGAAAAAAAACCACUAGCACUGAAUCAGGAAAGCUUAGUCCUGAUGGCAGAGGUGAGGCUGGAGACCAGGAUCAGUUUGAGUGAGUUGGAAAUCACUCCUAUUAAUAAGAUGCGCAUUUUGGCAAAAUCUACUAAAAUCUCCAAGAAGCAUUGCAGCCCCAUCCUGGUGAAGUAUGGCCUGGAUGUUACACGGGUGUUGCUCCGCAGGCCUGGUGAACCCAAUGCUCUGAAUAUGGAAGAGAAAGUAAGCACUGUGACUGCUCAGAGGCUUUUGCUUGAGUCUGAUGAAGAGGUGAAACCUGUUGGUGUUAGAAAUGCUGCAACAAACCUUGUUUGUGAUCAUAGUGAGGAUGACAGCUGUGCAGAGAUGGAAUCUGAGACUGAACCACUCCCAGAAAUGUCCUCUUCUUUUGUCAGACCUUCAAGGAGUAACCAGAACCGUUGCACAUAUGACUUGGAAGGGCUAGUAGAGUUGCUGAACCGUGUCCAGAACACCAGAGUCAAUGACCAGCGUGGGCUUUUGUCCAAAGAGGACCUAGUACUGCCAGACUUUCUCCAGACGGAACAAGAGGGUGUUUCUUGCAAGAACCACUCUUCACCUAGCCCUGCUGCUGACAAGAAAUGUGCACCCCAGGCCACAGAUGCAGGUUCUGUUACCACCUCUCAGUCCCAGCAACAGCCACCACAACCCCAAGCUGCUACUCCUCCACCAAAGCUACAAACACGAAGUCUAUCAAUACCAAGUGCUUGUGGGAAAUCUUCAGCGAUAUGAUCCACUCUGUGAACACCACCUAUCCUGACCUCCUCCACUUGGAAAUGAUACUUUUUUUUGUACUCAAAUAAGUAACAACGUUUGUCCAACAGGUCUGCCUAACAAAUCCCAUGUCCCUUGGCAAGAAGUCCAGGCCCUUCCUGUUUAGUAUCUGUUGUGGUGUGGUCUGCCUCAUACAGAUCCCUCUUGUGGUGUAGGAAUAUCAUUGAGGCCAGUCCAGCUCUAAGGACAUCCCCUCGUUUACCCAAGUAUGUCUUCCAGGAGUGGACAUUUGUACUCUUAAGUGUUUUGGUGCACUCUCUCAACCACCUUGGAACUGUGUGUUGGCUGGGCAGGGAACUGCCAGUGUUCACUUGCUGUACCACACUACUCUGUAGGUGUUGCUCUGUGUUAUAAAAUGACUGCUCUUGACUGCUUCCAACAGACAACCACAUCUCUAUAGUUGUGGUAAUGAUGAUGGUGAUGAUGCCUGUAUAUAGUUUGUAAUUUUCAGUCUUUGUAAUAUGUAAGAUACACUGAAUAAUAUGUCGA